AUGCAGGUCUUGGGAGUGCGAGACCCGGUGAUGUGCCGCGCCUUCUUGCCCACGCUGAAAGGCUCGGCACAAAGGUGGUUAGCGGCACUGCCUCCCAAGUCAAUUUACAGUUUCGAGGAGUUAGCUGACCGCUUCAUGAGCCACUACGCGGCCAACAUUAAGCCCCAGAAGGAUCUGACUCACCUGGGAGACAUUCUCCAAGAAGAAGGCGAAUCUCUGAAAACCUAUCUAGCUCGCUGGCAGAAAGAAAUCCAAUCCAUUGAGGAAGUCGAGGACCAGACUGCACUCACCUUCUUCAUCGAGUCCUUACGGUCCGGUCAGCUAUACCGAGAUCUACGGGACAACCGCCCGGCCACCUACGCGGAAGCCAUACACAUGACCAACAAGAGGGCCAACACGAAACAAGCUAUGAAACACAAACGACAACACGAGGUCGGAGGAUCCGCCGGUGGGAAGAGAACGCGAACCGAUACAAAGGAAAGGCGCUCGGAAGUGACCCGGCGACCCGAUGCCAGACGGCCAUACGACAGGCCCGUCGUACACCCUAUCGGCCGGUUCCCGAACGGCCAGUGA